AGAUGGAAAAGGGAACAGAAGGAAUGGCCGCCGCGGCUCCCGCUCCUCCUGCCGCCGCCUCCCAGUGCCGGAGCCCUCGCUGCACGGCGGAGCGCAGGGGAGUCCGCCGAGAACUCGACUCCUGGCGGCACCGGCUCAUGCACUGUGUGGGUUUUGAAAGUAUUUUAGAAGGGCUUUAUGGACCAAGGCUACGAAGAGACCUCAGUUUAUUUGAAGACUGUGAGCCAGAAGAGCUAACUGACUGGUCUAUGGAUGAGAAAUGUUCCUUUUGUAAUUUACACAAAGAAACAGCCAGUGAUCGUGCAUCAGUUUUCGGUUCUUCACAGUCAACGCCUACAGAGGAACUGUCAUCUCAGGGCCAGUCCAACACUGAUAAGAUUGAAUGCCAAGCAGAAAACUAUCUAAAUGCACUCUUUCGAAAGAAAGAUCUUCCUCAGAACUGUGAUCCUAACAUUCCCCUAGUUGCUCAGGAAUUAAUGAAAAAAAUGAUCCGUCAGUUUGCAAUUGAGUACAUUUCAAAAAGUAGCAAAAUUCAAGAGAACAGAAAUGGUUCAUCAUUUGAGCCAAGUCUGAUGUGUAAAAGUAUCCAAAUGAACCAAACGGAAAACUCCCUUCAGGAAGAACAGGAUAGCCCUCUAGACCUCACUGUGAAUCGAACUCAAGAACAGAAUACUCAGCAAGGGGAUGGAGUGCUAGAUCUCUCUACAAAGAAAAGCGCAAGGUUGGAAGAACCAAAAUAUGAUCCAUUGUGUUCUGAAAACUCAGUGUCUGGUUCAAGCUCAACAGCUGAUGCAAAUUCAGAGGAAACAGCUAAUUUGGAAAAAGGAAAAUCAACCUUAAACAAAGUUUUGGAGUCUUUUUGUUCAUAUCACUGGCAACAGACUUUGGCUAUGUUAAAAUUCCUAAUACAGGAUGAAAAUGUUCCUAUAGUUUGCAGUUGCAAGCAAACACAUUCGGUCCACUCUGAAACUCCCAGUUCCCCUACUGAAGAGGAUGUUCACGUUCCAUUUUGCAGUUGCAAUGGACACAUGCUGACAAAAAGGUGCUGUUCACAAAAUCAAAGGCCAAAUACUUGUUUACCACCUCUGUCUGUUUGUAUUAAAGAUUUCCAUUCUUUGUCAUGCCAAGCUGUAGCAAUUGGAUGUAUUAAGACAAUGGUGAACAAAGCAUGUAGUUCUCCUAAGUAUUGUGCUGACCAAUUGCAAAAUUAUAGCAGGCAUUCUGUGAAAGCAGCAGCAUGUACAUAUUCGUCUAAGGACUGUGACCUCUUAAGCAGCAUUAAAAAUUCAAACAGAUCCCGCAGCCCUUCGCCACCUCCACUGUCACCUGUACACAGUAAAGAAUUUGAAUUGUCAGAAGGAAUGGUUAUGGAUUUUCCAACUUUAGACAACAACAAGCUUGAAAUAUCCAUCAACCAGCCUCCAUCCCUCUUGCCAGCUGAAGGAAGCAAGGGAGAAUUUGAGUAUGAGGGUAAAACGUGCAAAGGAAAAGAGAGUGAUUAUUCAGAUGGAGCACUGGUAUCAGCAGACCAAGAAAGCAGUGAUGGUCAUAUGAACUCUGAGAAAGGUGAACAUUCUGCCAUUUUUCAAGAUUUAAUGGACCGCAUUAAUGAGAAGUUGAAAUCAAUAGACACUACAGAUUUAGCAACAAAUCUUGUAAAACUUUCAAGCAGUGACAGGGCACCAGAAAAUGAUGUCAAAUUAGGAGACUUCAUAACUUCUCUUUUGCAUAAUGCUAAGGCAAGUGAUUACAGCUUUAUGGAAUUACUUCACCAACAUGAUAAACAAGUGGAAAAUAAAAUUAUCCAGACAAGAUUUCGCAAGCGUCAGGAAACUUUAUUUGCAACAUAUAAUUCUCCCGAUUCACCAGUCAUUCGACGACAGUCUUUGCAAAUCAAGAGGGAGCUUGCAAGCCUUGAUGAAACUCUUGUAAGAAAAAAGUCAAUUUCUGAGAGAAAUACAAAGAAAUCUACAAAAAAAAUUGAUAGAAUGCAUCCAAAUAAAAGACAUAGUUUUACUGUGAUAGAGGAUGAGACUUUGCAACAUCUUGAAAGUAAUCCAUUUGUGAAUUGCCAAACCAAACCAACGUGCUUUCCAGUACACCAAACAGAGUCCUUCAAACUACCUCUUACUAAUUUUCAGACCAGCUCCAGCUUUCUGGUUCUUUCAGAAAACAGUGCUAUUGCAGCCAGCCAGGCAAAACUCCCAAAUACACAAGGCAACUGUGCAACAUUAAAACAGACUGGUCAGAUUCCUCUGAAGGAUGAGAGUAAUGAAAUCUUGGGUAGAACUAAACGUACCAUUGUGCCUCCUGGGUGGUACUCUGUGUAUGUAACAAACAAUAUCAUGUUUAGAAAGUCAUCCAGUACAAAAAAGUCUUUAAAAAGUUUGGAAAAAAUAAAAAUAAAUAAAAAUGUUCAUGCUGAAAGAUGCAGUGACAUAAAUAUAAGCAAAAUUGUGAGAGACACAAAUCUGCAAGUUGUUGUGGAGCGUUUAGAAGAUACAAUAAACUUAGCCAGAAAGACUAGCAACUCAUUGUUGGAUAGUUACAAAAUAAGCCAAAAAUUAAAAGAUAAUGCUUAUGAACAGGUUAUGAACCCAGCUACUAGAAGGGGCUUACCUUUCACUCUGAGUGAAAUGGAAUGCACAGGACAAAGCUUCCUUCCACAUUCACAUGUGCCAAGCAGCAGUAAAAUCAAAGCAAUUUGUGUUGCAUCAAACACAGAAGAAACUGUUCUAGAUCAAGAAAUUAAUGACGGCCUUUUGAAAUCUCUGACCUUUAAUUCAAGCUGUUCAACUUCCAGGAAUGGGGACUUGCAUAUAACAUCUGAAGCCGGGGAGCUCUCAUCACCCUUAAACUACUCUAGUCCUAUUAAGCUUAUGUUUGUCUCAGAAGUUAACAGUCAUGAAGGAGUCAAGUACACUCUGACAUCUGCAGCUGCAUCUUCUAAGGGAAGCACAGAUCUCUGUUUGUUUCAGGGGCACACAAACACUUUGUUAGAUAAACAGGCCACAGGUGACCUUUCUCAUGCAGUCUGUGUCAAAGGUUGUGAUUGCAGUGAAAAUGAUACUAAAGAGGGGUCAAGCUGUGUUUAUGCAGAAGCAGUUACAAGCUCUUGUCCAGUUGGUCAAAUUAACAUAAAUGACUCAAAAAAAAAUGAUGACAUUUUGGAGAAAUCGAGCAGUAGCAGUGAAUCAGUUUUCAAAAGAAAACCUGGUAGACCAAAGAAAAUAGGUCCUCAAGUAGUUAAGCAGGUUAAGAGACCUAUUGGACGGCCUCCUAAACCAAAAGUAGACAUAAGUGGAAGCACAAAACCUAGACCUGAACUUAGCUGUGGUGCUAAAAGCAUCAAGUCUGAUGCAGCAGCAAUGGAAGAAGUUAACAGCAACAAAAAUAUUACUGUGACGGUUGUUUUUGGAAGGUCAAGAAGAACUAAGAGACAUGUUUCUGAAGGUAAUCUAAACCUCAUCAGCAUUCUGCCCACACAACAUAUUGACUCUAAUUUUGCCAAUGAUCCCAGCAAAGCAAGGCACAAUGCAGAAACUGGAGAUGCUUUGACUGAAAUGGUAAAAGUCUUUCAGAAUCCUUCUACUGAAAAAGAGGUCUCUGGUUAUGACUAUGUCAGGCCUAUCAAGAGUAAUCUGGCAUCACCACAUCCUUGCAGCAAUGUUAUACGGCAGAUUAAGAAACCAUUAACCACUGUUCGAAAACCUGGAAGGCCAGCAAAAGUAAAAAUUUCUGGCAUAUCAGUGACUGUCAGUAGACUUUCACCUCAGGAAAGAAAAGUGAGCAUCAGUAAUGGUUUGCCUCCUUUACAACAGCAGAAUGUGUUAAAAGACAUACCACAGGAAAGAAAAAAUCAACUGUGCAAUAAUAUGGGUCAAGUAAAGAACAUGCAGAAAGAUUCUAGAGAGGAUGGAUCACACAGUGUUACUACAACAGUGUCAAGAAAACGUGAAAUUCCAUCAAGACACUCUGCUAGAGACAGAAAACCUUCACUGCAUUUUUUGCAUUCAUUAGCCUCUUCUAGUGCAUUUACUUGUAGAAGUGCCUUACUACAUAAAUCCUACAAACUCCAUUUGAAAAAAGCUAAAGAGCGAAAGGAAAAACUUGCGCAAUCAAAUCAGAGUGCAGCAUCCAAAGAUACCUCAGAACUGAGAAAUUCAGGAAAUGCUAAAAAGGAUCUUGAGGAUGGUGAAUUCGGGCCCAUUAAUGAAGUAUCAUCAGAUCCCAUUUUUUCAUCAAAUCCCUCUCUCAGGUGGUGGCCUACUUCCACUUCAAGUGACACCUUGUUGGAAGAACUAAACAAUAGAUUUGAACAGAUGACUAAUACCUGGUUGAGAGUGGGGGGAAGUGAGUUUGACAAAUGUGUAUGUGAAAAAAGGGAUCCCAUUCAACAAGACUGUAACACUGAAGUGUCAGACCCUUUAGACUCUUGCCUUGUAGAACUUGAAACAUCACCCAUAAAAAUGCUUUUCCAGAAAAAGUGUAAUAUGAAUGAACUCUGCACCUGGUUUAUGCAAACUACAGAAACACAGUCUCUCUCUCUUGUGAGAAAGGCAAAUGCUCGCAAUCCCUUAGAAGUAGUUAGUACUAGAGAGAUUAAGAUGGAAACUAAACAAUCUGAUCCUAGUACUUGCCCUUUCAGAAAGCACUUUAAAAAGUUUGCACUAUCCUCCCCUUCAAAACCAGCAGGGAAAUUGCAAAUAUUACAUAACAUGGUGAGGUCUCCAGUCUUAAGCGUGAAAAGUAAUUUCACUUUAGCCAGAUUAAAAAGAAAUGAAUUUAAGAAGUUGCAGCAUGAUAGAUGGGGACAAACAAAAAAGCUCUAUAAUCAGACUCCUGGAGGUUGGAAAUCAAAAAGGAAAAAUCUGCAGUUAUUUUGUCAAAGCCAGUUGUUUAAAAGUACAAGUGGGGACACCAAUGAUGAAACACCCAAGCUCCAGGAGAAAAAUACAGUAGAAAUUCAGCCCACUCAGCCUUUGAUAGAGUCUCAGAAUAGCCUCUUGCCAACUGAAAAUGAAGCGAGAGAUGCAUUUGUUCGACAGAUGAUGGGAUCUUCUGACUUUAACCCACAUCCUGGUUUAGCAAAUAUACUUAAGUCACAUUCAGAGGCAAAUGGAACAAUUCAUUGCCAGCAAAAUGUUAGAAAAGAACAAAGCCAAGAUAAACUGUUUCAAAAUACUUGGAAAGCCAAAACCUUUAAAGACUGUAGGAUAUUUCUGAGAAAAAUCAACCAUAUUGAGCAGCACAAUUCAUUUAAGUUAAAUAAUGUCGUUUAUUCUCCUGACGCUGUUGACAGUAAAAGCACUCAGGCCUAUAUGGAAGAAAAAAGACAUCCUCUUUUAAGGUCCCAUUCUACUAAACAAAAUACAUUAAAGAAACAAGAAAAUGAAGUGGAAACAUCUAAAGGAUCUAGUUCUUCUAAAGUGACUGAAAAUCUGGAUGGCCAGUUUCACAGCAGAAAAUUAAGUAGUGAUGUAAACCAGGACGAUAAUCCUGCUGGUAGUUCUGAAGGUCUUACUAGAGUAAACAAAAGAAAAAGUCCACAAUGGGAGACCACUGAUACAAAUUUAAGAAAAAGGCAUAAGAGACAAUCAUGCAGUAGUGGACAAAUGGCACCUUAUUACCCAAAGUACCAAGUAGGUAAGUUCUUGUUCCCCACUUCAUCUUAAAAUUGAAAUCCUAAAGAAUUGAAGAAGUCAAACAACUAAGCACUUUUUUUUUUUUUGCAUGUUACUCAUUUUAAUUUCAGAAAGGUCAUGAAAUUAAACAUUGCAUAACAUCAGAAUAAUUCAGAAAGUGCAAUUUUAAAAUGUUUAUAAUAUUUUGCACCAUUCUUUCAGCUCUGAUAAGCUAACCAAUAUAGUUCAGACAGACAAGAAGUCAAGUUCUGACAUUCUGAAGUCAGUCACAUCUGGCUAUUGACUUCAGAAGGAACAGAAUUUCAUUCCAUUGUGUAGUUUCUCAUAGUGUGAAGAGGGGUAAGCUAUGUGGCGUAAAUUCAGUGCAUUAACGUUUAGCUGGUUUUUAAAAAUUCUCAUUGAAUGAUUUCUGUUACAAAUAUGUAAUAGUUUUGUAAUUUUACAGUAAAAGAUAGUAUUUUGUACUUCUGAAAAUUAUUCAGUCAGAGACCCAUUUUAGUAUCCUUUCCAUGCCAAAUGAAAUCUGCUGACUCUAAGGGGUUUGCACAGUAAAUCCUUACACAACAAUUUAUAAUGCAGAAUUAUUUUUGACAAGUACAAUAUACAGUUACUAUGCUAAAUACUUUGGCUUGGAGUCUUUUUAGGCUAGUGUGAAAUUAAAUCUUUUUUUAAAGAUAGGUAUUUAUAAAUACAACUGUGAUCUCAGAAAGGCCAUUAUAUUACUUAGAAAGAGGGCACAUUUCUGUAAUUAUUUUGUCUGUUGGGUGAAGAGAUCUCCUUAAACAGAAGUCUCAACUCAUUUUAACAAAAUUACUAAGGUGUGAAAUCCUCACCAAGUAAAACACAGCUCCUGAAAUGUGGUUUAUAUGACUGCCUUUGUAGAAACAAUAUUGUAUUAGCUAACCUGAUAUAUUACCCAAAUAAAAAAAAAACUUAUUCAAAAUAUCAGAGCAAAAUCUUAGGUCCUUCUUUGUAUUCUGUCUUGUAGAAAAGGAUCUCUGAUAAUAAAUGGAAAGGUUAAUUUCGGUUGUAAUAUAAAGAAUAUAAUGGCUCUUGUAUGCUUUAUUUCUUUUGUAGUUCAUGUGAUAGAUAGAACUCUUCAUAUUAAGCUCAUUCAGUAUAACCCUGCUUUUUCCAAAGUACAGCAUUUUUAACUAUAGACUACUCUUCUGUAUUUUAAUUCAUUGAUCUGGGGUCAAGCUCAACUUAAAUAACUUGUUUUUAAGAAGUUCAAACUUUGACACAAAAUUGCUGUUAAAAAAAAGAACUAUAAAAGAAAAGGAUAGCACAUACCCAUUUCUAUAUUGCAAAUGAAGAAAGAGCUCUCUCAUACUUGUAACUCAUUGAGAAAAUGUUACAUUCCAAUUAUAUUUAUCUGUCAAUGUUUUGUUUCUAUGGUAAUGCAAGACCUAUUACUGUGAUACGGUCUCAUGUUAGUUCUAAUUGGGACUCAAUUUAAUCUACCUGAUAACUUUUAUCCUUUAGUUUUGGAUCUUCAGGAAAUCUGAUAACUAUUUUGAUAUUUUACAUUACUUCAUUUACAGUUUUUGUUCUUUUCCCUUGACUCAUGGUUUCUCAUAUCAGUCAUUGUCUUUAGAAAGUCUGUGAUGGGAAGUUCAUUGAUAAUGGAAAUGUUAAAAGACAAAGAAUGAUGAUUCUGGAAUUGUCUCCACACUUGUAACCCCGGAUAUUUCUUAGGGGUACUAUUACACUCUCAGAGGAUUGUCUGAUAUUGGAAGGAUGUCUGGUUUUGCUGUGUUGAUGCAACAUUGUGUACUCCCUGCACCAGCCAAGGAAAUCAUACAAACAUUUUUAGUCUAAUAUAGCUACUCCCUAAAAAGAAGCAACAUGAUUUCUAGCUGUGCAUGCAUGUGACUUCAAACAUAACUCCUGCAUCUGGAAGUUUAAUGCACAUGAAAACAUCAUGUUUUGUUCAUAUGUUCUUUGGAUUGUAUUUUUGUUUAUGUGGUAUCAUAAACUAUAUCAUUGUUCUGUUGUCACGCUUGAAAUGUUGCUAUAGACACAUUUAUGGUCAGUAUUUGAAAUUUUUCUUCAACUUUUGCGGAUCUUGCGGUCUUACCAAAUGUUCUUCAAAGAGAGAGAUGCUGAGAUGCUGUUUUAUUGUGAAACAUUGUGGCAGGUGGGCAGAAUGUUGUAACCAAAUUUUUAUGUACACUUGGUUUUCAUUAGCGUGUGCAAGCAGGAAUAAACAAUUGAAUUCUUACAGGUCAAGGUAGUGUCCAGCAACCAGAAUUACUCAUGCAUUCAUUGCAGCAACAGAAAAGAGUUAAUUGUUUUUUCUCAUUGCCUGUUGAAUUCAAGAUAAGGUGGCUGGUAGAUACAAGGGUCCAUUUGAUGUUUGCUGCUACUUCUGAACUGUUGUUUCCCCAAUGUAUUUGAUGUGUUGAGGGCAGUUCCCUUUUACUCUAAAUCCAUCUUCUGGCAAUUUUAAUUUCUUUAGCAACACUGAAACACUAUUAUUCUCUGUUCUGCAAAGAAAAUUACAUAAACAUGUUUUUAGGAAAGCAUUUGUUUUCUUUUCACAAGAGUAGUUCACUGGUAACACUGAAGGUUACAUUCACAUGCUUUGGACUUGGGCAAAAGGUUUCAAGAAAGCCAAGCUAAAAUACAAAAAAUUAUUAAUCCAAUGAUAAAACUGGCACAUGUGAAAUACUCCAUUUUAUGAUCUUAAAAUGUACUGAAUAUUUUAAAAAUCUGCUUCAGAGGGUGUGGACUUCAUACAGAUGGAAAAGAGACUGUGAACCUUCUACAGUAGCAGGCAGAGCUGACAUCACAGACCUGUGCACUUGCCCUUCAUAUCAGGGUGGGAGUUUGCAUACAAAAACUUCUAAAAAUCAAUUUCUAUCACUUAAAGUUAGGAUAUUUUAAUCUAACAUGAACUUUUUAAUUUUUGCCCUUGUAUUUUGACUUUUCUUCAAGUAGUCUGGAGUUUUAGAACAGAUCUAUUGGAUUUGUUGGCAGAGAAUGUGACUUUUCAAUUUAAAUUUUUUAUUAUGUUUGAAUAUGUUUUUUAAAUUCCACCUUAAUGAAAGCAAGUUAGUGCAGUACUUGAAAGCAGAAUUUGCUAAUUUUUGUGGUCAUUCCAAAGUUGUCUGGAAGAGUGAAGAAUUGUAACUACGAAAAGUUUGGUGUUGUGAGUCUAAUUGGUCUCUUCAUUGUGUACAUAAAAUAACAUCUCUAUUAGUAUUACAGACAAACACUUUCUUAAACUUAACUUCCAUUACUAUAAGUUUGCUAAAAAUUGGAAGGGAAAAUUUUGCGAAUUCUUUUUUACACAUCUGUGUUAGUAUGGCUUUAAUAUUCAGUAUUGUUGCUUAUUUGUCUCAUCAUAAUGCAAUCUAGUUAUGAUAAAGCUAGAAAUGGGAAUCACUUCCCUACUAGUGUGAAUGACCUAGUGACAAAGAAGAUUUGUUUUAGCAGGUUGUUCAGCUUUCAUGAAGGACCACAUUCUAUACCCCUAAUGAGCUACAAAUUUAAAAUACUGUAUUAGGAAAAGUGCAGAGGAGACAUAGUGUGACAGUUAUUGAAUCUGUUGAUUUUAAGAAGGCUCUUUUCACAAAGGCUUUUCAUUAGAGGGUUACUUGGCUCUAAAAUAAGUUUCACCUAUGAUGCAGAGUAAGCAGAUAGAAAUUUUCAUACCUGCAGUUGCCAGACAGGAAAUUACCUUUUCACAGGCAGACAUAAACCGAAGAGCAUUAAUAGAAAUAUAAGAAGAAUAUGAAAUGAAUGACUGUUUUCAG